UCCUCCAGCUGUGUGCAAGGACACGCUCCUUGAAUGUUAAAACUACUUUGCUGCUGUUUCAAGCAUCUUGCGUGACAGGAACAGGGUCAACAGUCGAUUUGAGGUUUCGAUUUUGUGAUAAGCGCGUGUUUUGCGUUUAUACACUGAAUUAAGUUUUGAAACGUCGGCGUGGCAUGAAUUUGAAGGAGUUGCCAAAAGUUUUCAAAAACUGAAAAAUCCAGUCGAAUCGACAGCGGAGUAGAUAAUAUGAUCCUUCAAUGAGACCAGCUCCCUCUCCGAUAAGAGGAUGGAGUCUUACGUCUGUGGAGGAUGGUGGCGAUGGAAGUUCCGUAACGUCCUGCCAGUUGCCCUGCUGUGGAUGUCCCUGCAAAGACAAGUGUUGAGCUGUAGUAACUCCAACUGCGUUGUGGUGCUCACGGACUCCCAGGGUACCUUUACCUCCCCCUGCUACCCCCAAGUGUACCCCAAAAGUCAGGCCUGCAAGUGGACUCUGCAGGCCCCGGCUGGAUUCAUUGUGCAAAUAACCUUCAUCGACUUUGAUCUCGAGGAGGCUCUGGGGUGCAUCUAUGACCGCGUCAUUGUCAACACCGGAAACCAAGAUGUGAAAUUUUGUGGCUUGACAGCCAACGGACUGACGCUAAACUCCACCAGCAAUCUGAUGGAGAUGUCAUUUAACUCAGACUUUAGCGUCCAAAAGAAAGGAUUCAAUGUCAGUUACAGACAAGUUGCCGUGGCGCUGAGGAACCAGAAGGUCAUGUUGCCGAACGGCAAUGGCAAAGUGGUCAAGGUCUCCAAUUCAGUGACCAUACCGACCCUUCAGCAGUUCACCGUGUGCUUUGAGGUAGCCCGCUCCAACCAAAAGAACAAGGAAACCAUCUUCUCUUACACCCGGCAAGAGGACAGCAGGGGUGAUGAAGCCCUAAGUUUCGGAAUGAACCAGGAUGGAAUGGCACUGGUCAUGAGUAACGAGACAUGUCUGGUAGACUCUAUCCUCAAUCCCUCGGACUUCACCUCCACCAUGAAGCCGUUCUGUCUCACAUGGGCCUCCACUACAGGCAAGGUGACCCUUUACUACAACAGCAACUCCCGGACCAAGACCUGCCCUAACACAAGUGGGCGCUUGGUGGGGGCCGGGGGCCUCUUCAGGCUAGGGGGCAAGAAUAGCUUCGAUGGGACCAUCUAUAACUUCCGCCUCUGGGAUAACGCCAUGAGCACGACACAGUUGGCCGCCCUUACCUGUGACGCCGUCGGCAACGUCAUUGACUGGGACAACAGCUUCUGGGACAUCCCCUCUUCGCUGGCACAGACAGACAGAACACUGAGCUGCAGUACCUCUGUACCCGUCUACACAUCACACACCACCAGCUGUUCCUCUCCUGGACUGAACUGCCCAGCAACAUUAACUCCUACCAGCUCAUCCAUUAUCACCACUAACAUGAUUUCUACUAAUUCAACAACCCACGUUCUCUCUGCUACCACUUCAUCUGCCACCACUACUAGCAUGCCUCUAACUACCAACUCAACAACUGAGGGUCUUUUCUACAGGAUCUUCUUUCUUGUCCGUGACAAGGAGGCCGACGUAAGAGAGUCUGAUGUUGAGAAAUCUGUUGCACAAUGGCUCAAUCAAACAUUCCAAAACUGGACACACAUGGUCUAUGUCGCUAAUGUCAGUGUCCAGCCUUGCAGUGACUUACAGCUAGAGAGUAAAAGAUACACCUGCCGGGCCCUGCUGGUCUACAAGACCACCACCAACGUGACCCUGGGAGAAGCUGCCAUCUCCACCAGGAUGGGCCGAAGCGGCACCAGCAUCAGCAACAGCCUGGAGCUAGACACUGUCGCCGUGCAGUCUGUCGAGAACUGCACGGGGGAAACUCCCCUCCAUUACAUCUGGCCAGAGAGCAGACCAACGGUCACUCAGUACAUCCCCUGUUUCCCCAACAAAGACCAGACUGCAUCCAGAACAUGUGUGUUCAGCCCCCUGAAUUACACAGCGUUUUGGUGCGCCCCAGACCUCAGGAAUUGCAUUGCUAUCGAUAACAUCAAAGUGUCAUCAGAGAAUGCUGCCGAAGUCGCCCUCCAACUUGAUAAAUUCACCAACAACGAGCUCUCCGCAGACGAGGUGUUCAAGGUGGUGGGAAAGGUUAAGGAGCUGGUCAAAGUGGCCAAGAUCAACACCCAUCUGGCCAAAACCGUAGUUAGCAUCCUCUCUAACGUGAUGACCAGCUCCGUGUCAGCCCUGGUUACAUCCUCAGCGUGCACAUUGAAGACGGUGGAUGAGCUGGUUCAGAAGAUAGAGUUUGAUGGGCCUACAGAAAACAUAACCUCUAAAAAUCUGGCUCUGGGAAUUUCAGCCUUCAACUACAGCAAGUUCAAUGGGACCUCCUUCAGUGCCUUCAUACACCCCAACUCCACAGACCUCCAGAUUGCCUUUAAAUCGGAUCAGCUGAACCCCCUGGCUCAGGUCACACUGCCAGCUACACUGCUCAACAACCUGACCAAUGCUAAGAUUGCUGCUGUCUCCAGGAUCAACUUCAUGUUCUUCCGCAAAACAGGACUAUUCCAGGAUAAACAGGACGAGCUAUCUCUUAACAGCUAUGUUGUGGCCAGCAGUGUGGGCAAUUAUUCCAUCAGUAACCUGCAGGAUCCCGUGGAGAUUGAGAUAGCACACCUGAACUACCAGACAAAACCAAAGCCAACCUGCAUGUUCUGGGAUUUCACCAUGAAGAACGGUACAGGUGGCUGGAACAGUAAAGGCUGCAGGGUUAGUCCCAUGUCCAAUAGAAACAAGACUAUCUGCCUCUGUGAUCACCUCACACACUUUGGCAUCCUAAUGGAUAUCUCUGGAUCCGCUGCACAGAUUGAUGAGAAAAACACCAAGAUUCUCACUUUCAUCACCUACAUCGGAUGUGGCAUAUCAGCCAUCUUCUCUGCUGCAACACUUCUGACUUAUAUUGCCUUUGAGAAGUUACGUCGUGACUACCCCUCUAAGAUCCUGAUGAACCUGAGCACAUCGCUGCUGUUCCUCAACAUGGUGUUCCUGUUGGAUGGCUGGCUGGCUUCCUUCGAUGUGGAGGGCCUGUGUGUAGCCGUGGCCGUCUUCCUCCACUUCUUCCUGCUCACAUCCUUCACCUGGAUGGGCCUCGAGUCCAUCCACAUGUACAUCGCCCUGGUCAAAGUCUUCAACACCUACAUCCGGAGGUACAUCCUCAAGUUCUGCAUCGUCGGCUGGGGUCUGCCUGCUGCGAUAGUGGCCAUAGUGGUAGCUUUUGACAAAAACUCCUAUGGGAAAAUGCAGUAUGGAAUGGGGGAGACUGGACAAGGCUCUUCUGAAUUCUGUUGGAUCCGGAGCCAGGUGGUGUUCUAUGUGACGUGUGUGGGCUACUUCUCUGUCCUCUUCCUCCUGAACGUGGCCAUGUUCAUCGUGGUUAUGAUCCAGAUCUGCGGUCGCAACGGGAAGCGUAGCAACCACACACUGCGUGAGGAGAUGCUGAGGAACUUGAGGAGCGUCAUCAGUCUCACCUUCCUCCUGGGCAUGACCUGGGGCUUCGCCUUCUUCGCCUGGGGACCCGUCAACCUGGCCUUCAUGUACCUCUUCUCCAUCUUCAACUCACUGCAGGGUUUAUUCAUCUUCAUAUUCCACUGUGCACUGAAAGAGAAUGUCCAGAAACAGUGGAGGAGAUACUUGUGUUUUGGCAGAUUCCGCCUGUCAGACAACUCAGACUGGAGCAAGACAGCCACUAACAACACCAAGAAGGCCUGCUCAGACACCGUGAGGAAGUCCCUGUCCUCCAGCUCUUUUGUCUCCAGUACAGCAAACUGGACUUCCAAGGCCAAAGCAACUCUAAACCCCUUUGCAAAGUGCAGCAGGAAUGCAGGUAAAGGUUACGCCAACCAGACCAAUGCUAAAACUGUCUCCUCGGAGGGUGAGGCCUCCUCCUCCAUCAUCCCCGUGCACCAGGUCAUUGACAAGGUCAAAGGUUACUGCUCAGUGCGCUCCGACAACUUCUACAAGAACAUUAUCAUGUCGGACAGCUUCAGCCACAGCACCAAGUUCUAGACCACCCAGCACUUCUUCUCUUCUUCCUCCUCGUCCUGCUGCUGCUAGCCCCUAACCCUUGGUGAUCUCCCCAGUCCGCAAUGUCACCCCAGGGUUAUAGCCUCCAGAGCAGCAGGUCGGUAGCUAGUAGUAUGAAUAUGUGUAUACUGUAUAAUAUUUGACUCAAUCAGCUGGUCCAGUCAGUACUGAAAAGAGAAAUGGGGAAAUGUAUAGUUCUAUAGAAAAGAAACGGAGAAGCAGAGAAUGGAGUUUGCAAUGUACAUACUGUGAUGCUAAUCUUCAACUGGCUAUGUGUUGUGUAAAUAUUGAUGGUAUAGCUGAUAUGCCCCCGUAUAAUUGCUUCUCAGUUGGUGUUGCACAUGCCUAGGAUUCUCAGCAGGGUCACCAUUCCGGUACAGAAAGGUCAUCCAUUUGAGCUGUUCCGUUCUCAUUAUGCCGUCUGUAGAACUCCAGUAUGGGCAGCAAUGAAGGAAAAACGUCUGGACUAAAUGUUCAGGCAUAGGCCUAUAUUUCAAACCCAAAGACUUAACAUGACGGAGUUUUUAAAAGCUGCAGCAUUGUCAAUGUGUGUUGAAAAUGGAUCAAGUUUAGGUGUAGUUCUAAUUUGUAGUUGUCUAUUUGUGAAUCUUGUGUGUGCUUUUUUUUUUUGCUGGAAAGCAAUGUUAUGCUCCUUUACAGUGUCUUACAUGAGGAUGUUUUGCAUAAAGUGCUUACUUUAUCUUGGUCAACCAAUCAACAUCAUCAUCAACACUAUGAUGAAAUGAUUUGGCAUGUAUAUUUUUGAAACAUUAAGCUUCAGAUGCUCUACUACUGAAUAACAUAUGCAGAAAGGAAUGUAUAGAAUUGGUCCAUUAAUUUCCACUUCAUUUUGGUAACUUGAUCUGUGUGUCAAGUGUAAUUUCUCUGACUGUUUUAUGGAUAGAGGUUACCAAACCCCAGCCAUUAAACCUGGAUAUGGUAAGGUAGGCCUAGAUUCAAUCCGUAUCGCGGGAGAUCCGCACUAUAGCUCGAAUGACAUUUCAAGGCGAUGUUUCGGCAUUCACGGAGACGGUGUUCAUUGUAAACACAGCGUAUGUUGGUGCAUUCGGAAAUGUCCUUUAUGUUUUACUUGCGCUAAAACGUUUAUCCCCUGCAAUACGGAUUGGAUCCAGCUCAUAGUUUCAUAAACAUUCCACAUUGAAUAAUUUCACAAUAGAGCAACUCACAGCACAACGUAUAAUACAGUACUGAUUGAAAAGGGACUACAAACACUGACAUUAUUUGUUCAUCCAAGUUAAUGCCAACAUUUGUAAGCAGCUAAAUGUUCAUCUUCUCUUCAUUGUUUCUUUACUUCACUUAGUCUUCUUUUCCCACCAAUAGGGGAACUGAAUAUAUUGCAUUGUGUUAAAUGUUGCUAUUGUUUUGUGUUUGUGAAGCGAUGGAACAAUCGUGUUAUUUUACUGUAUCGUUAUAUUUAUUUCUAUAGAGCUUUUUACAUUUGUUGUUCAUCUUGGAUAGAUAGAUUUGGAGAGAUGCAGCUUGGUGACAAAACAAAGCAUUGAUCUUGACCUGGGCAGGCGAACAGGGACAGUUAUAUUUUGGAAGCAGUCAGAGCUCUCAAUUGUUAUUUUCCAGCAUCAAGAAAAGAAUUGAAACAUCGCUAACAAAUUCCCUCGGGACCGAAUUUGUUAUGAUAGAAACCUUGCUUGGAAAGGUUAUCUCGUGUUGAACAUAUUUAGGGUCUUCAAUUCAAGAUUGUGUGGGGAGGGAUUAUAAAGUGGUUUGAGCUAAUACGAUGGAGUUCUCAGCUUUACUAUGAAUUAGAUCAUGACUGCGCUGCCAUCUUUAUAGAUAUUUGCAUAAAAUAUUCCAAAUGAUCCUCUAGGUUAUAUCUUAUCUAGUUCUAUCAAUGCAGAGGGAAUCCAGACAUGAUUUGUUUCUGAUUCAGUUGUACAUGUCUCUAUUAAUAUAAUAGGGACACAGAGCUAUAAAAUCACUAUGGCUACAUCCAAACCAACACCUUAGAUGUAUCACUCUGAUGAAUAUGGCUAAUCUGGUUCUAUUCCAAAAACAAUUCCAGACCCUGUUGUUUGUUUUCCCACAACUCCUGACAAUAAUAUAUUUUCAUGAAGCUGUCUCUAUGUCUCAACAGCAUUGACAAGUUGUGUCUCACCAAUAAAGGGAAUGAAAAGUAGCUAAUUCUAUUAAUCAUAACCCUAA